CAGUCAGUCUCAAUGUAUGAAUAAUCAAAAGUGGUAGUCAAAACAGGUACACUUAUCUAGUUCUUGUAAAUCAAGCUCUCAACAAUUAUCACGCAUUCCUGCUCCCGUAUGAAUAAUUUAAUCAACCUCUCUGUUUUUCCUUUGGCCAUUCUAGUUUCCCCUCUAAAAUGGACACAAGGCUGUUUGAGGCUGCUCAGACUGGAAAUAUCAAAUUUUUACACUGCUUACUAGCUGAAAAUCCCUAUAUACUCCAUACCAUUGCCCUAACUUCACAAGAAAAUCCUCUACAUGUCUCUUCCAUAGCCGGCCAUGUUGACUUUGUCAAGGAGAUUUUAAGGUUGAAACCCGGUUCUUCCAAAGAGAUAAAUCAGGAUGGUUUUAGUCCCUUGCACUUAGCCUCUGCAAUUGGGCACUUUGAGGUUGUGAAGGAGCUGCCGAAAGUUGACCCCAUACUGUGCCGUUUAGAAGGAAGAAACAAAUGGACUCCUCUCCAUUAUGCAGCAAGCAGAGGGAGGGUAGACAUCAUUCAAGAAAUGCUAUUAGCUUGUCCUGAGAGUAUUCAAGAUGUGAAUGUGCAGAAAGAAACAGCUUUGCACCUUGCUGUGAAGAACAGCCAAUUUGAAGCAACAAACUUGAAGGUGAAGUGGGUCAGAGAAUUUAAGAAAGAUGAGGUCCUGAAUAUGAAGGAUGAACUUGACAAUUCCGUUCUUCACCUUGCAGUAUGGAGAAAACACCGCCAGAUUGUGGAAUGGAUACUCAGCUAUAGUGGAGCUAAUGCUAUAGGUGGAUUGGUAAACGCUGUAAACAAGAGUGGUCUGACUGCUCUUGAUAUUCUACUGAUAUUCCCAAGCGAAGCAGGAGACAGAGAAAUGGAGGAGAUUCUUCGGAAUGCAGGAGCUAAGAGAGCAAAAGAUAUCAUCAUGAGCCAUUCUAGUGUACCUCCAUUUGAAAAAUCUGAUAAUAACCAAGCAGGUGAUCCAACCCCAUAAGAUCUCUCUUCAGAUAAUUUGGUGAACUAUUUCAAGUUCAAAAGGGGCAGAGAUUCACCAAGCGACGCUCGAACCGCGCUGUUAGUAAUAGCAGUGUUAGUAACAACAGCAACAUUUCAAGCUGGACUCAACCCUCCAGGCACUGUUUGGCAGGACACAAGUACAAGUGGAUUACCACAUAAAGCAGGGAGAUCCAUUUUGGGUUCUUAUGAUUCAGUUAUGUAUCUGUUUUUUAUGCUUUUCAACACUACUGGAUUUGCGGUGUCUAUCUAUGACAAGCAUCCUCAUAUGCAGUUUUCCUCACCGGUGGGAGUUUGAAGUUUGUAUAAUUGCUCUCCAUUUUACAUACACCACUGCAAUCACUUUCAUGGCACCCAAGUGUAUGACUUUUCCCCUCAUGGUGUUUUCAAUAGUCUUUCCAAUGUUGGUACCAUUUAUAGCCAAGUUGGUCCGGAGACUUGUAAUGAAAGUCAGACCAGUUUUGACAUACCUGAAUCAAAAAUUCUUUCGAGCCCGCUUUGGAAUUACAAGCAAUAAUAAGUUUGUAUGUUUAUGUAACUAGCCAUCAUGGUUUGUAUUUUUUGCUGUAAUAAACGCAUUAUAGAAAUGGAACAUGAUAAAAGUUAAGUGUUCUAUUGUGGAAUGGAAUAAUAUGCUCUUAGAAUACAUCGCUCUGUUUUCAUCGUCA